GCUUCAUCACUAGUUGUGAGUGUUAUUUCCAAAAAUGCAGUAGUUUACUUAAUAAAUCUAAGAUAAAGCAGUGUUUGUUGUCAUAUUAAUCUUUACAAGCAGACGUCAUGGAAACAGAAAGCAAUAAACAGAAAAUUGAAUUGGGGGAUUUGAAGAAAUGUGGCGAAAUUACUACACUUUUGUCAGUGGGCAAAAAAGAAUUUUUUCUCAAUUGUGGCUUCUGUGACUACACUUUUCUUCGUUUAGAAAAUUUCAUUAGCCACAUGUGUGAAGAUCAUAUGUUUCAUUUCAUUGGACCAAAAAAAGAAAAAACUGAUUUGCCUUUGGAUUUAAACGAAGAAAAUGAAGAUGCAGAUUUUAAUAUGCAGUCGUCAUAUACGGUUGAGGAAAUCGAUGAUAGUGCUUCUAAUUUACGAGACUUCGAGAGAGUUGAAAUAGAGUUGGAUGACACCAAAAUGAGUGACUCGAUGGAUGUAAAGGAUUUAUUUGGGGAUAGAUUUAUGAGCGAAGAGAGUGAAGAAAGCUCAGAUGAUGAUGACUUGGAAAACUCCGAUGAUGCUGAAAUGCCCGAGAAAGUUCUCAACCCCAACGAUGACGCGGAAAUCGCUGAUAGCUUAAAGGCAUUAGAUGUUGAGAACAAGUUUGAUAAAAAGAUGGUACUUCGAAUAUUUAAAAGUUUUGAAAAACGACCAGCACUUUGGGAUGUAGAUGUUACAUUAACUAAACAUUCUAGAGAGAAAGAAAUAAAGAGUAUUGCUAUGGAAGUAGGCACUCCAGCUGAAUGGGAUAGCGUUCGUAAAUUACUUGGAAAAUUAAGUUCCAGGCUUCGAACAGAAAUGGUACGAAAAAAGAUUUACGAGUCAAAAGGCAAAGCAUACACCCCUAUUUGGUAUUCAGACCUAAAUACGUUUCUAAAACCGAGGAGACCAAGCGGCCGGGAUAAACCGACACCGAAACCAACACCUGCAGCCGUUACAAAUAUAUUCAGACCUCCAAAAACGACUCUAACCGAAGAACAAGUUAUAAUACUAGCUGCAGUUUACAAGGGAUUUCCAAGUCUUUGGGAUGAAACAGACAUAACGUACAGAUUCAGUAAUAGACGUAGAGAUGCAACAAACUCUAUACACGUAGAAUUUAAUAAAAGAACCGGUCUAAAUCUAACGCAAGAGGAUGUAGCAAGUGAGAUAUCUAAAAUUCGAAAAAUAUGUUCAUAUGAAAAGAAACAACAAAUUAUAUGCAAACGACAAAAUAAGCCCUACCAACCAAUAUGCAAAUAUUUUGAACACAUUGCAUACCUUGAAGCCGAUGUUAAACCCUAUGAAUGCCCAGUGUGUGGACUAUUAUUGGCUGGGUCAGUACAACACAAGAUCCAUGUAGCAGCUCAUGAUGGUUCACAACCUUUUAAAUGCCAUGUCUGUGAACAUGGUUUCAAUCUCCUGACCAAUUUAACUGUGCAUUUACGAAGACAUGCUCAAGACUACAUGUAUACUUGUGAAGUGUGCAACAAGCAACUUGCAACAACUACAGAUUUAAAGUCCCAUAUGCGCUACCAUACCGGUGAAAAACCUUUUGUUUGUGAUAUUUGUGGCAAAGACUAUCGCUCCAUGUCUCAUUUAAAAACGCAUAGGGAUCUUCACGACAAAAAACUCCUUUACCAGUGCGAAGUUUGUUCAAAGGCAUUCUUUAGAAAAGCGUUGGUUAAAGAACAUAUGAAUAAUGUUCACAUAAAAAAUCGGGACAAGAUAUGCAAAAUAUGUAACAAAGGAUUUACCAGUUCUAAGCAUCUACGCCAACACAUUCAGAUCCACGCCGAAGAAAAAAAAUAUUCAUGUAAAAUUUGUGGUAAACGUUUUGCACAAUAUGCUGGGCUUAGUGGACAUGUUAAGUCACAUGGUACAACAUUACCGGAGAUAAGUUCCAAAAGCGUUACCACGGCAGCCGAGGAUUCUACGUAACCGAAAUGUUCUAGACUUGUCUCUGGGAUAGAAUUGUCACCCCAGCAGCAUUCCUGAAAACUCUUGAGGAAAUUUUUAGGCUGUUAGGCUGCAACAACAGCGUUAAUUUAGUUAAAGAAUUGGUUAAUGUAAAUAAAUGCUUGUUUGUAUACAUUUAUUUUCUAUUAAAAGUGAAUAAAUUCUAAGU